CGCACGUCAUCGCCUCACAUUUCCCCCACGCACCGCUAAUGACUUUCUCGUUAAUUGCUGUCCGCCGCCCCGGUGUACGGUGCACCGGGGUCCGUUAUUUUCAUCUGGUCCGUCGUGGGCGCCGGUGGGGAAAUGGUAAUGGAGGAGGGACGUCCGGGCCCCUCAAAACCCGCCGGUGACAGGCGGCCCCAGAAGCGGGAGAAGAAGGACAAGCAGCACGACAAGCAACAGCCCUGCGAGGGUUUCAGUAUUAAAGCCAUGAUGAAAAACAGCGUGGUAAGAGGGCCCCCACCUGCAGGAUCAGUAAAAGAAAGACCAGCAAAACACACAGCUUUUCGCAAGUUUUAUGAGAGAGGAGACUUUCCAAUUGCUGUUCAGCAUGAGUGUGGAGGAAACAAAAUCGCCUGGAAGGUACAGAUUGAAGAGCUGGACUAUCAUUACUUUCUGCCUUUGUUCUUUGAUGGGCUUUGUGAAACAGAAUUUCCAUAUGAGUUUUUUGCUCGUCAAGGAGUCCAUGACCUGCUGGAGCAUGGUGGAAGCAGGAUUCUUCCUGUUGUUCCUCAGCUCAUUAUCCCAAUAAAAAAUGCACUGAACCUUCGUAACCGGCAGGUCCUCUGCACCACACUGAAAGUCAUCCAGCACCUGGUGGUGUCAGCUGAAAUGGUGGGGGAGGCCUUGGUGCCCUAUUAUCGGCAAAUUCUCCCAGUCCUAAACAUCUUUAAGCACAUGAAUGUUAAUUUAGGCGAUGGGAUAGAAUACGGCCAGCAGAAACGUGAAAAUAUUGGCGUUCUCAUCCAAGAGACACUGGAACUCUUUGAACGCUACGGUGGAGAAAAUGCUUAUAUAAACAUUAAAUACAUGAUUCCUACUUAUUGGUCGUGCAUGUAAACUGAAUUAUAUUAAAUGGGAUGAUUCCAUCUGUGCUCUGAAAAACUAUCUGACUCUGUAUGGCAUCUUGUUAGUCAUGCUUUAUCUUCUCUACAGCUGCUAAAAUAGUGGCUUCUGGGGCAUUGGAGUGUUAGCACUAUUGUGAACAAGGCUUUCCAAUACAUAAAUAGUGUCUGUUCCUUUGAUUACAAUGGUGUACUGUGCUUGUUUGUUCCCUGAAAGAAUCACUCCUUUAUAACAGAGCUGACUCGAACAGGAAUCUGAGUUAAACCUUCACUUGUGUAGACAAUAAAACUAUAAUUUUCAUACGCGAUUCAGCAAUCGCUGUUCUGUGUCCGCUUGCCCUGAGGGUGAUGUCAGAGGCUGUAACAAGAAGAGUUUAUGCUGACUGCUUAAUAGGUGUUUGUCAUGGAAGAGAAACACCAGUUCAGCAAUGCCUCUCUGGCAGCUGUGCCGAGUAAUGUGCACUGACAUACAAUAAAACUGUUGAAUGUAUAUACCAAUUGCAGCAGGAGAAUUUAUAUUUUCCAUUAUAAGGCACUGUCGUUAAAUUAAUCCAGGUUUCUUACACACUCCUGUUCUCAGCUUCCAGUUGUUUACUCAUGGAACUUAGGUUCCUCUUGGUGAACAUAAGGCACAAGCAAGCACAGUUUUGAAGAAAAGAAGCCCAGAAAAAAAAAAAAAACUUGAAUAAAUCAGACAGAAGAUACAGCAUACAGAAAGUAUCAGCCCCUAGCGACACUGUUAAUCUGGGUAAACACAGAAUAUACACAUACAUUUUUAAAGGGCACUUGGUAUUUUUGUAACUGCAAGGUUGAUAUUGCUUUUCUCUUGUUAUUAUUAUGGUGUGUAUGUGUGCAAACAAUGUAACUAUUGUUAUAGGGAUCCCUUACAAAUUCCUACUCAGUUAGUUUCUCCCUGUGUACCCAUAACACAGAACUGAUAUAGUCAUGGAUUUAAGCAAAGCUGUUGAGAUUGGCUUUAUUGCUUUUUAAGCAUUUCUAUGGAGUAAACCUAAAAAAAAAUUAAACCGGUCUUACAAUUCUCAAAGACAACCAUUUAAAAUUAUUGAGUCAGCUCAAAACAAAUCAGAGAUAUUAGCUUUGCCUAAAAACAUGAGAUUUUUUUAAAAUACUUUGAAAGACUUUGGGCUCAUCUGGCUUUUAUUAUGUUUUCUGGAGUUCUUCAAAUGUAUGCAAGUUGCACUUUCAAGUGUUUCAGUGUAACUGUUAAGAGCCUGAAAUGCACUCUUUGGUGUUAAACACAUGAGACUUUUUUCAAGUGCUUAUCCAUAUCCAUAUCCAUAUUCACACCUUACAAGGCUUGCCCAAGUGAGAGACACAGCCCCUACGCUGCCCUGCUCUCUUGGAUGCUUGCUGGAAGUGUGGGGAGCACCUUCCCACCUGCUGGAACUUUGAGCCAUAUCUGUCAUUAGAUUGACAUUAGAACGUGCCUUUUUCUGUUCUGUGGCAUCUUCAGCAGGAGGAUUUUCUUUUACUUUCUUCUCUUUCCUGUGAAUAAAAAAAAAGGAAAAAAAAAGAAGAUUUUUACUCUUCCCACCUCUUUGAGGAGCUGCACCUUCAAGUGAUGCCACCGGCCACAAGCACAAGCACUCACCAGCCCCUGAUUUGGGCAUGGCUGCUGGAGGUGUGCCUUUCUCCCAGGCCCCAGAGGGGGCAUUUCUUUUCUGUUUGUUUAUGUUGUUGUUGUUGUUCCUGAGUUUUGUGUGACACGAUUUUUCCAAGGCUACCCUCAAGUCCCUAGAGUUGUCCAACAUACACCUGUGAUGGGUAAGUACAUCCAAAACUCUGCCUCAUGUCUAGGGUAUCGACAAAUCUUUCACCUUCUGGGAGAAAGGGAGGUGAAGCCUGGCUGUAGGCCCAUGCCUCUGGAAACUCCAGAGCUUUGUCUUCAAACCUUGCAGCACAGAGGCUAGCUGGAUAAUGCAGGGGGGCACAGGCCAUGUCUCCUCUUCCAAAAGUGCCUUUCUAUACAGCCACCCUGGCAGUAUCCACUCAGCCUUUGCUUAGAGCUUCUCCCCAUUUGCCUUGCAUUUUCUCUGGCACCACUGAGCCAUACUUUUUCAUUGACUGACAUCUAUGGAGUUGGUAACUGUGGCAUUGCAGGUUUCCCAUGAGUACAGACUGUGCUGGAAAACUGCAGCUCAGAGGGAGCUGAGUUAUUCAGCUCGGAAAUAAACCAAGCCCUUCAUAAAAGGAGAAUUCCCAGGCCACCUUUCACUCCUCAGUUAUUUGUAUUCUUUCCUUAAGAGAAAGUCCAGUUCUGCUCUUUGCCUGAGAUCAAAAAGCUCCUCAAUAGCUGGCUUCAGUUCCCCUGACGCUGGGCUCCAGCCACAGAGCCCCUCGCAGGAGGGACGGUGCGGGAAAGGGCUCUCAGCUCUGGGUUUUCCCCAUCCCAUCGCUCCUCUGCAUUCCCAACAGCUCUGCUGGGGAUGAGAAAUUUCAGGCUCUUCACCAGCCUUUGUAAUUCUUUUCCCAGCCCCCUCAUUUUGCAUGCCCUCCCCUUCAGCUCAGCUAGGACAGCACUGCUGGCUGACAAAGAGACACCAUGGAAAAUGGGCACUUUGUGAGGCUGCAGACUUGCCCGGGCCUGAUGCCCUCAGCCUUGCGCUCUUUCUUGAAGAUUUCUUUCACAAGACAUAGGUUCAACAAGGGGUGACCUUAUGGCAAACCAUGAGGGCAAUAGAGGUCAUGCAUAUUCACAUCAGGAAAAUAAGUUUUGCAGAAAAGUGCUUUUAUUUGCAUGUUCAGGAUGAGAACAUUAGCCUCCAUCAAUACAAUUCCUAUGUCUGGUCCAUUGAUUUAAAAGUGAACAUUCUCCCAUAACCUUAUUAUUUCUAGGAGCUGGACUGAUAAAAAGAAGCAUGAUAAGCCCCACAAGUUGGUAAUUUAGAAACACUAAGAAUAAAACUAUUUUGAGAUGUAAUUUUACUAAGUCAAACUGUAGGCCUUCCAACCUUGACAGUGUCCCUUUAAGCAUGAUCAGCAGCAUAUUUAUAGGCAAUUACUGCACAGCUCAGAGCACUUUAUAAAGCACAAGAUCAAGGACUCAAGUGCUUAAGCAUACAAGUAAUAGUAUGUCAUUCAAUACACUGCUUAGCUAUCUUACUAUGCUAAAAAAAAAUGGUUAAGAAAUAGUAACUGCCUCUUGUUUCACCAGAUCAUGUAAUUGUGGUCACUGAUGUGGUCACUAGGAGCAAGCCAAUCAACAAUUUUUAAUUGUAAUCAAUUAGAAGGUACUCUGGGCCAGGUGUUUCAAGGGGUAUAAAUUAAGUGUCAAAGCAUUGAGCCUAAUUUGGCUUAACAGAGGGGGGUGUUUUGUGCUUUCCUCUGGGGUCUUCAGCUGCUUUCUAGCUCUCCAGUUCUGGUAAGGUAAGGAGCACCAGUGAAUGAAUGUGUGGGAAGUUAAGUUGUAAGUGUUGGUUUUCUGAAACUACCUGUUUGAAAUCUCUCCAGUUUAUCUUAAUAAUUGUGUUAGGUUGGCUGGCAGCUCUUUAACUUGAAGAAGAAAAAAGCAUGUGGUAACAUUAGGGGAAAAAAUGUACCUUGGGCUACAUUUGUCAUGCAUGAUCAUGAAAACAAGCAUUAAAUAAAAUAUUUUUUGAUGAUUCCUCCCCAAAGCUGUGUAAGGGAGCUCUGUGACAGGUGUCAGUGUUUGGGGAUCUCUGGCACUUUGUGAAUGCUGGCAGGGGCUGCAGAGCCAC